AUGAAGAAGGACGGUGAGCAGAUACAGCAGCAGUACAGCUUUCUGCAGCAGUCGGUGCAAAGUAUCAUUCUUACCGCUCAACGAGCGAAGAGCAACGCUGACAGGCGGCUUGCUGAAUCAUUGCAGGAGCAGGUCGCCGACUUCGACGGCGAACCAUUGCUUGGCGGAGGCGCUCUUCCUCUCGAAGGAGCUCGCGAGGAGAAGAGAACUGGCGGAGUUCUUGGCGACGAGAAUGUCGGCCAACAGCCUCCUGAAGUCAUCAUGGCCGGAGGCAGCUCCAUACCGCAGUCCUUCGCACCUGCAGCUUCUCCAGCGAGCGGUGACAGUGCUCCGACAACCUUGAGCGUGCCGCUCAGCAUGAACGUCUGGACGAGGCAUCUCUUUGACCAGCUCUCCGCCUUACCCGAGGAAGGGCCGGGCAAAAGGCCGGGUCGCGCAGGAUUCGGCGAUGCCAGCCCGCCACUGGCAGAUAACCUGCAGGAAUGGAAGUCGGACGUGCUGGACUUGCUGUUCAUGGCACCAGGUGUGGGGCGAAACACGCUGCCGAAACCUGCUCCUUUUCAGCCUCCUCAGGCUUUGCCACGAGUGGACUCUUCUCAUGAGGCUGACCAGAGCCUGGGGUCCAGUCGAUCGAGAGGUCAUGCUGACAGCUCCGUCGAGGAGGUGAACAUGGAGGAUGCGCAAGCAGACGUCACGAAUGCCAAUGCAAUCGUUCAGUACAAUCUUUGUGAGAACGAGAAAGACUUUGUCCAAAACACCUCCGGCUGCCUCCUUCGAGCUUUGCGAGAGCUGAAGCGAGUCGACGAGAUCCUUCAGGGAUGCUCAGCUUUUUGGGCCAAUAUGGACGGCACUGUACAGAAGCUUGCCCAGAUGAAGGAGCACACUGAAUGCCUCGUCAACUAUGCGAACAGCAGCAGGCUCUUGAAGGAGAGAUUCGAUCAGCGACUUGCCGAAUACACGACCUUCUGGACAUCCCUUGAACGACUAUGCAGGCAAUACUGCAUAGACUACCAGACGUUUUGCAAAAAGAUGCAAGACACCAUUCGAGACGUCUCCGAUACGGCUGAUGUCUAUGACACAGCUCAGAGCGUUCGGAUGGGCGUGGCUAACGGCUACCGAGAAAAGGCGAUGAGGAGUGGUGGCUAUGUUGUGCAGUGA